AUGAGCCGGCCUGCAGCAACAUCGCGCAAGGUCGGGCGCGCUGUGGUGCUACUGGCGCUGCUCUGGGUGUCUCUGCCAGAGCCUAAGACCAGUGCUUUGAACAGUGUUAGAGGGUUUCCCGAGCAGCCCCAGGCGAGCAACGCAGACGGCGCGGGCUUUGCUAGGAGCGGGGGCCGUGCAGUUUCCAAGGCUGGCGAUGGUGAGGCCGAAGACCAUGAAGACGUCAAGGGGCCUCUGCAACCUCGUGAAGACGAAGAUCAGGCCUCAGAAAAGGAUCAGGAAGAGGCGACGACCGAGGUUUCGCGAAAAAAGGCAGUGGACGAGGCUGCCUCAGCACAGACUGCUGACCCGGUUGAAGAUGCCAAGCAGGAUCUGGCUGCGGCAAGACGACAGCGAGCUGUGGCCCUGAGAGGGCUGGAAACGGCACAGAGCAGGCUGGAAAGGGCGGAAGCCCUGGCCGCAUACCUGCAAGAGCAGCUGCUGGAAUUGAAAGACAGCAGCAGCGAAAGGGCCAAUGAGAUCAAGCAGGAUCUCCGGGAGGCCGAGCAAAAGCUCAACGAAGCCGAAACAAAACUAGAGACUGCCCAGCAGAAGUACGAGGAGGCCCAAGCAAAGGUCCAGGCAGGACGAGGGCAGGCCGGGGGGCUUCUGCGAUUCUGCGUGUGCAGUUGUUGCCUUUGGUUUGCAGCACUCCCGCAUGGUCACCGUUUGCUUUUUGGGGCUCUUCUCUUAGCAAAGAUCUCGUCGUUAAGCUUCACUGUGUUGGCUUGCAGCACUUCGGGGAGCGGGAGGGGCUUUCGGAUCAGAGGGCUCUUGGCUGCUUUAGGUUCAUGCAAAUCUGGUUGCCCUUCGUGUUUUGCCGAUGCUUCAGAACGGGGUGUCAGUCCUAGGCUCGAGGUGGGGGGGUCAGCCUGUUUUGCGCUCGCUUUGCGCUCUCCAGGUUGCGGUUGCUUUUGUUUGAGGCUCGACUUUCAGGUUACUGUGUCCGUGAGGGGGAGUCAAGGGACCUGGGUUCUUAGUGCUUUUAGCACGCGGACCUUGCCGAGCGGGUCCCGGCAAGACGAGUGCAGGCCGGGGGGCUUCUGCGUGGGCAUAUUGCCUGGCACUCCUGCAUGUCCGCGGCUCUUGGUCGUCGUGCGUUUUCGUGCGGUCCACCGUUGUUGCUUUUUGGGGUGCUGCUUUCCACUUAGCCCCUCGUCGUUAAGGUGUCUGCACUGUGUUGGCUUGCAGCACUUCGGGGAGCGGGAGGGGGCUUUCGGAGCAGAGGGCUCUUUGGCUGCUGUAGGUUCAAUCAAACUGGAUGCUCUUCUUGUUGUGCCGAUGCUUCAGAACGGGGUAUCAGUCCGAGGCUCGAGGUGCGGGGGUCAGCCUGUUUUGUGCUUGCUUUGCGCUCUCCAGGUUGCGGUUGUUUUUGUUUGA